CAGCUCAUGUCACUUACGGUUAAGCAGAGGAUGUGCUGCGUCCGUACUACAGCUAUUACGGCCGACUGUGGCCAGCCCGAAGCACGUGACAAGAUAGAGCGAGAGAUAGAGCGAGAGAUAGAGCGAGAGAUAGAGCGAGAGAGAGAGCGAGAGAGAGAGCGAGAACCGGCGACCCGCGACCGCAUCGUCUCUCCAUCAACGCGGACGGAGCAGCCGAGAGCAGCGCGGAUGAAACACCGGUCAUCUUCAGAGCAGCAUCACGGGAAAAGGCCCCGUGUUCCCGCCGCGGCUGCCUCCACCUCACCGCAAGACAGAAUGGAGGACAAACCACCGUCAAAUCCGCGGGAACUCACACAGAACCCGCUCAAGAAGAUCUGGAUGCCGUGUAAAAAUGGCCUUCCUGAGAAACACAUUUCUCAAAGAAAGAUAUGUAUGACCAACUGCCCCACCCUGAUUGUGACAGUGGGCCUUCCUGCCAGGGGGAAGACCUAUAUCUCAAAGAAGCUGACCCGCUACCUUAACUGGAUCGGAGUGCCCACCAGAGAGUUCAAUGUUGGACAGUACAGGAGAGAGUGUGUGAAGAUCUACAAGUCCUUUGAGUUCUUCCGUCCAGACAACGAGGAGGGGUUAAAGAUCAGACGACAAUGUGCCUCAGCAGCGUUGAACGAUGUGCGGCAGUAUCUCUCAGAAGAAGGAGGCCAAGUGGCGGUUUUUGAUGCAACAAACACCACGAGAGAAAGGAGGGAAACCAUAAUCCAGUUUGCAGAGCAGAAUGGCUUUAAGGUGUUCUUUGUGGAGUCUGUUUGUGAAGACCCCGAUGUCAUACAGGAGAACAUAGUGCAAGUGAAGCUGGGUAGCCCCGACUACACCAACUGUAACACAGAAGAAGCAGUGGAAGAUUUCAUGAAGAGGAUCAAGUGUUAUGAAAACUCCUACGAGACCCUCGAUGAAGUCUUGGACAGGGAUCUCUCCUACAUUAAAAUCAUAGAUGUUGGUCAGCGCUACUUGGUCAACAGGGUGUUGGACCACAUUCAGAGCCGUAUUGUCUACUACCUCAUGAACAUUCACAUCACGCCACGCUCCAUCUACCUGUGCCGCCACGGGGAGAGCGAGCUCAAUGUCAAUGGACGAAUCGGAGGAGACUCAGGCCUCACACCUAGAGGCAAAGAGUUUGGGAAGAAGCUGAGCCAGUUCAUCCUAGAGCAGGGCAUCAGUGACCUGAAGGUGUGGACCAGUCAGAUGAAGAGAACCAUCCAGACAGCUGAGGCUCUUCAUGUGCCCUACGAACAGUGGAAGGUCCUGAACGAGAUUGAUGCUGGCGUGUGUGAGGAGAUGAUGUAUGAAGAGAUCCAGGACCACUAUCCUCUGGAGUUUGCUCUAAGGGACCAGGACAAAUACCGCUAUCGGUACCCGAAAGGAGAGUCCUAUGAGGACCUGGUGCAGCGGUUGGAGCCGGUCAUUAUGGAGCUGGAGCGGCAAGAGAACGUGCUGGUCAUCUGUCACCAGGCCGUCAUGCGCUGCCUGUUGGCCUAUUUCUUGGACAAGACUGCAGAGGAGCUGCCCUACCUGAAGUGCCCGCUGCAUACUGUGCUAAAGCUAACGCCAGUGGCCUACGGCUGUAAGGUGGAGUCCAUCAGUCUAAAUGUGGAUGCAGUCGACACACACCGAGAAAGGCCAGAGAACGUAGAAGUGUCGCGGAUGUCAGAGGAGGCUUUGCUAACAGUGCCAGCUCACCAAUGAGGGUGAACCUCUCGUCCCACCCCCCACCCCCAUACUCUUUUACCCUCCUUUAUGCACAGUCUACCCUUCAUACGCACAAUGUACCUGCCAAACUCAGCAAACUCUAGUCUUUUUGCUCCACCUUCCUUUGAUUGAAAAACUGUUCUGAUCUUCUGUUUUUUCCCUUCACAUAUUUUUUUGACGUGAUGAUGAUAAUUGACUGGAAUCCAGUUUCUAAUUUUGAUUAUUAAUCCUAUGGCACAGUUCUUCCGUUCUCUUAUUUUUGGAGAAUGAAUAAAAAGCAGAUGAAGGUUGUUUUUUUCUUUUUAAUUUGCUGUAAAUCCCAACUGUGAAGCAAUGGAACUCUUGCACCUUUUUAUUCUAUUUUUUUGAAUUGAUUAGUGAUGUUUUUCAUUUUCUCAGUGAUACUGUCUGAUUAACUGAUUUUACAAUGUUAAAUAUGAGCAGUCUCAUCAAUUUAUAUUUCUGUUGGUGGACAUCAGGACACUCCAAUCUUAGUUUCACAGCAUUGCACAACACAAAACCGGGUUGUGCCUUUUUAUAUUUUGCACAUAAAAAAACUAAGUCUGUUUAUUUUCUUAUUAAAUGUCCUCUAUUCCAGUUUGUCUCUAGUUUUGGGAUGUCUAACACUGUCUAAUGAGGAUCCUGAAGUUACCGUUUUUUAGUUUUUUAGUUGUUUUUUUUUGACAGUGUCAAGGAUCUUAAGUUUAUUUAUCUUUGAUCAGAAGCAAAGAGCGGAUUUUUCUGUUUAAUGUUUCUAAAUAAACUCCACUCAACCAUUUCAUGUA